AUCUUUAUAACCUCUUUUAAAUCCUCAUCUAGUGAUCCUUUGGAAUCUUUGUAGCCACUUUUAAAUCUCAAAAAAACAAGCAUACAGACGUAUUAUUUGCAAAAUAUAAAUUUUCGGAAGCAAUACCCAUUUCCUACAAACAAAUUAAACACCCAAGAAACAAGUUCCCGCUUAAAAAAGCUCAAAAUGUCGUUCCACAGCAUCAGAACGGAAAUGAGCCGACGCUCCAUGAGGUCGCAUGCGAGCAGAAUUCAGGUUGAUAAUUGGGUGCCGCAGGAACUGGACGUAACGGGCAUCAUUGACAAGUUCUUUUUGGAGGAUUUUCACACAUAUUCGGACGAGGAGCGCGAAGAGCGGCUGGCCGGUCUGGAUGCCCUAGAGAUGCUGCGCACCAUCGAGCUGGUGCACAACGAUGUGGCCACUUUACGGCUAGAGAAUCACAUUAUGGUCGAGUUUCUAGAGAAGAACGAUCCGAAAUUAUUGAUGGGCCUGAGGCAGCGUCGCACUUCGAUACUGAAAAGAUUGCAAACUAAGCGUGGCUCCGUGGCGGGCAGUCAUAGUAGCCGCCACUCGAGCUCCAAGCGAUCCAUUUCCCUUUCUAUGCGCGGCUCCCUCGGCGGGGGAGAAAAACGACGAGGCAUGGAGUUCAAGCUGAACUACAAGGCCAAGGCCGAAAUGGCCGAGAAGAGAGCCGCCGAGGUGGAGAAGCGAGUGACGGAUAUUGAGAGGAAUGCCCUGCGAGAGGUGAAGCAGCUUAGGGCCAAGAUAGAGGAGCUGCGCUUUCGCAGCGAGGAAACCAUCGAGACUGAGAACAACUUCAUGCUGCACUUUUUGCGCGACGAACAGGACGUGGCCUUCUUGGAGGGGGCCACCGAGCGGCAGAUCGAGCGCAAGCUGCGCAAGUUCACCACGAACUGGUUCAAGAAUGCACGCGCCCUGCUGGGAACCAUGAAGUUGACCAUUGUCUCGCUGCAGGAGACUUGCCAGCAGCAUCGCGCCGAUCUCAUCACCAAAUCCGAUCUUAGUGGCAUCCUGACGGCCGUCGAUUUCGAAAAGCUGAUGAUCAAGAGAACAGAACUGGUGAACCAGCUGGAGGAGAAAAACAUUCACAUGGCUGGACUCAAGGGUGUUACGGGUAAGACCUCCUUGGCCAUGACCGAGGAGAAGCAGGCCAUGAUGAACCUGGAGACGGAAAUGCGCACGGUACUCAAUAAAACCGAAGAAGUCACCCGAGCCAUACAGAAGCUCGAAAAGGAGGUGGCGGCCGUUCAGAAUCACAAUGCCAAGGAUUACGUUACGCUGGAUGAGUUGAGGGCCCAGCUGCAGGAGUACGAGGCGCCGAGCGUUGGCGAGUAUAUCGAACGCAAGGAGGAGGCGCAUAUGCUCGAGAAGGAGGAGAAGAUGCUUCAGCGAAAGAUCUACAUCCUGAACAUGAAACUCAACAAUGCCAUACGUCGUAAGAAUCGUUUGACUGAGGGGUAAAUUGUGUAUUAUCCUUUGUCCUUAAUUUCUUGUUAAUUGAAGUGUAAUUGUAUCAGCUAA